GCGUCUGUAUUACCUUCUUAAUACCACGAAGUGUCUUACACGAGUUGUGCUAAUACAACUGGUCUGAGGAACGUCUCUAUUUCAAACACGCUUCAUAGCCAUAGAGUUAUUUUAUUAAUGAUAGCGCUUCCACGGAAAACGGGUCUGUCUUCGAUAUCAUUUCAUUCUGAAAGCGGGUGUGAAAAUGCACACAGCCAUUUUACACACAAACAGUGUAACUAACCAUUAUGCCUUGUUUUUGUUCAAAUUAUCCAAUAAUAAGACAUUGUAGUUGAUCGAAGUGAACUGCAUGAAGGAGUGCUAACUAUUGAUUAUUUAUUUCAAUCUUGUGAUUUAUUUUGUGUCGAUAUGAUUAGAGUUUGUGACUAUCGACCGUAGACGGAAUUUCGGCUCACCUAUUUCAAUGAACAGGACUAUAAGAUAUUAAUGUAUUAUUAGAGAGACGGAAUGUGAUGAUUGGUUGAAUAAACUAUGGUAUACCAUGAUAAAAAGAUACAAACAUGUUGGCAAUUGAACCUCCAGAACCGAUUUGAUGCUCAAGAUAAAUCCAUCACGUAUAUCUCAGAGAAUGUGAAUGUUGAAUAAACUGGUCUGUAAAUGUUUGUUAUGUAUGGAACCAUCUAAUGUGGAACUAUUUGGUUAAUACCAUCAUCACUGGAUACAUGAAAGAGUGAAAUAUAGUCUUAGCUCGGAUGGUAUAAUUAUUAAUCUUAACGCUAUGCUACAUUUGUUUUCAUAUUUCAAGAUACUUAAUAUGAAUGAAACAGCCAUGAUACCCCUUACGGACAAACAGGUUAUGGAUGUGUUAAACCAUAAAAAGACCGUGCUUUUAAUCCCGGCAUUAACUUAUACCGUUAUACUAAUGGUGAUUGGUCUAAUAGGGAAUCCACUUGCUAUUUAUAUCUACGGGUGGCGCUGGCAGAAAACCACGACCAGGAAUUUCCUUCUGUGCAUUUCAAUUAUUGACUUAAUCAACUGCUUGUUAACUAUGCCUACAGAAAUUGCGCUUAUGGAAAGUUUCUUUUAUUUUGAAAACGAACAUGUGUGUAAAAUGUCGCGAUUCACCACGUAUGUUUUAAACAAUACUACGUCACUGAUUCUUGUGCUUAUCGCGAUUGACCGUUAUAUUCGAAUAUGUCGACCCCACACCAAGCCUAUCCCUUACAGGGGUGCUUUCGUUGGCUCUGGGAUUGCUGUCCUUGUUGGAAUUUCCGUAUCAUGGCCGGCACUUAUUUUAUAUGGACGACGGGAAGUUGUUUUGCCACUUCCGGGCAGAAAUGUUACUGGAGUUAUGUGCCUUGUUAAAAGUGAUUACGUUCAAACAGAGUAUCCCUUCGCUUUCUUUAUAUAUUUGUGGAUUGGUGUCACAGUUACCGCCAUUGUCAUUGUCAUUAUGUAUUUUAUGAUUGGAAAGGAAGUGCUUAGGCGGAAACGCGAGAGAAAAGCAAAGAUGAAAUUAAUGAACGAUACAUUAAAACGUUUUCAGAUGAAUCGAAGGAGUGUGACCUCAAACGGGAGAAAUCGUGACCGUGAAGAAUCGAUACAGCUGUGUGAGCUUAGUAUCAUGUGUACUCCAAAAUUUAAGCCUGGCAAAUCAACUUUAAUGCUUUUCGCCAUCGCCGUGGUCUAUUUAUUAAGCUUUGUUCCAUUUUUGAUCGUCAUAACUAUACGGACGAUACGUGGUGAACAAUUUUACGACAACCUCUCAAGAGGGGAACAAGUUGUCGUAAAUAUCUUCAUAAGGUCGUAUUUAUUUAACAACUGCUUCAAUCCCGUGGUAUAUGGGUUGUGUAAUUCCAAGUUUCGGCUAGAGGUCAGGGAUAUUUAUCUAAGGUUAUGUAAAUGUCAAGGUCAAGACGAUUUUCCGAUACCAAGAUCAAACAGUACUAAUAUCGAUCGCUGAUUUUUGUAGCUUUAUAUGAAUACAAAGCACAAUACAAAUAUUUCAGCUAUGCGAAUUUAUCAACUAAGAAGUGUAACUAACCCGUUUAAUAACAUGUCACACGAAAAAUCAAACUUUUAUUGUUAAUUCUUCAUCGGACUCCGGAUAUUAUUAAAGUGGUUUUAGAUCUGUCCAUCUCCACGAGAAAUUGAUUCCAGGGAGCCGAGGUGGCUCAGUGAGUCAUAUAUUGGAUCGCUAACCAGGAGGUCUCGGGAUUGCUCCCGGUUUGCUCGGGAUUUUCCGGCGUGUUUUCCCCUUGUUAUGCCGAAUGGAGAGUCUGAUGUUGGGAUCGGCCGAAAUAUGCACACUUUAGCAUGCACGCACAAGAACCCUUGUUGACAAUUGGAAUUCGAAUUAGUAGGCCGUGCCGUUGUCCGGGCAAAUUUUCCUCAUAUCACUCUGUGUGGCGUAUACCCAUCUUCAUUAUCUCGGUCGGUGUAGAGAAGUAGGACCUUUAACCUCAUUUCAUUUCAUUUUGCUAAUUCUUCGUAGUUUCAACGUCAUUAGUACUUGAACUGGAAAUACACAUGAAACAAUUCUGUGUGAUAUAAUUACUGUGUACUAGGAUCCUCUGACCUUUUGUAAAAUAAUUGGAUAUUUCCAAAAUUUGUGAUAUUGUUGUUUCAGUGAUACAAAAUCAGUAUACGAACAUUAAAAUGUAAACAUAAAUAUUGAAGUGUUCAGUGGCCAAUGUUAAGAGAUUCCCAAGCAAUAGCAUAAGCCCAGUUCGAAUUGAAGUCAUUCUUGGAUAAAUCCUAUCUGGCGUCUUAAAUUAGCAUAGCCUAUCGCAAAUGCCUGAAUGAAUAUGACUGAUUUAUGUAUGGUCUCAUCGGAACGUAUAGGUGCUUUUUGUGGAAAUCCAUAAUGUCAAUAUCGUUUUGUGGUCUUCGAUUCUGAGCAAUAUACAUGUAAAUUGUAUUAUUUUGUGAAAGAUAUGUGAUUCUUAAAAUGUUUGUUAUGUACCAUUGGCGUAUUGAACUAAGUAUGAAAUUAAACCG